UAAUGUUACCGCACCUCCAACCUUCCCUCCCCCCAGCCAGAGGAGUAGAAACAACAAGCCGCCAUUUUGUUUGUGCGGAGAGAGUGAAGGAGGCAGGAGCGACCGAAAAAAAGCCACUCGAGCGCCGACCACUGCGACUCUGAGCGCCACCGGCUCCGUCCUCGAGGAUCCAAACCGGAUCAAACACACAACCGGGGUGGUUAGCGGAGGAAACGGAGCAAGAUUAGAUUAUCCAGUGUGAAAAUAAAAAAAGCAGACCGGAUUUUCCUUUCUUUUUCUGUUCUUUUUUUAAACGAAGCGGAGAGGCGGAAGAGGGCAAUACAUUUAAACGAAGGGAAGCUCGUCAGGGGAAAAAGGAAAAUAACAGCGUCACGAAGUGGGAAUAUCUGCGAAAUCACAUCGCCGGUUGCUGGCGGACGACAGCGAAAGUGGGAAAAAUUGCAGGAACUGUGCAAAAGAAGGGAGAAAUUAAAAAGGGAUGAACGCGCAGGGGGGUUCACAGCAUCACAAAGCCUAUGAAAGGGGUUUGAGGACCCCCAGAUUUUGGGGGGUGCAGCUGGCAAUAUCACCCGGAUCGGCAGAUGCUUCAGACCCGAAAUAUUACUGAAGCCCACCUCGGUUCGGUUCAUUCUAUUUUCGACCCACCGCUGUUCCUCUCGCUCUUUCUUUAAUGCUCCGCAAGGCUCUUCGUGCAGUGACAAAUUAUUCUUAUUUGCUCGAUGUGACUGACAGUGCAUUGAAAUGCACGCAAAUGCAUUGACCAACUUCACUUGAUUCCCAUUCUUUAGCUCGUGCACAGCGAACUGCACGACUGCGAGACAACAUCUUAUUGCACUUCAGGCGAACGAUUAAUUGCAUACAUGUUCUGUCCAUUAGACAGCCACUUUUGAAAUCAUUUUUCUUUGCAUUUUGCAUGCAAGAGCUGUGCGCAGUAGUGCAGGGUGGUCUCGUGGAGAGCAAUGGUCAGAGAUUUUCUGCAAACACUUUUAACUCGUGCAGUGGACACAUUCACACAGAGGGCGCACGAGCCAUAUUCAGAUGUGAAUGCACAAUAAAUCAUUUGACUUGUCAUCACUUUGAGGUGUUUUUGCAAAAUACGAAGACAUGGACACUGACAUAUGCAAGUUGUUUGGAAUCAUCUAAAGUGAUAUAGCUCGUGCAAGCCAUUUCAGUCCUUGGAUGCACAUUUCUCAUGUUAUUUAUUCUGCAAAGAUGUUACUGUCUUGAAAGGAUGAAAGUAAACUUUUACAUUCAUAUGAUUGCUUAAUUAUAUUCCAGUUUUCCAAGUAUUUAUUUGUUCUCUCUACCCAUUUUAAUUACUUGGGAGGAAAUAAAGACAUUGACGAAGGAGAUUCGUACAUCCGUGUCGAUUUUAAGGAGCUUGAUGGAGUUUAAAUCUUCUAAGUAAAGUGAUGCUGGCUGGGAAUUGCACAUGCUACAACGCAAAGAGGGACAUAAUUCUAAAUCGUUGUGUUUGCUUAUAAGCAUUGCAUGAAGUCGGACCAGAUUGAGUUCGAUAUCUCGUACACAACGCCUUAAAAAACAACAACACCUCAGUUCGCCGCCGACAAUGGCGGAAAAGACGGAUGCAAGCAGCGAGGAUAAAUCUUGGGAAAACUGCUCCGCCGCCGAGGAGGCUACGUGAGUUUGCGGCGAGCUUGCAUGACCGUCUGUUCCUCCCUUCACCUCCUCCAUUCGGAAACAUACUUUGAGGAACUAAAGACUAGAAAAUCUUAAAAGGGAGCAUUAAAGGUGGACUGAACAUUGAAUCAUUACAUUGCAUUGCAUUGUAUGCAUGUAUCGUCCCAUGAAAGGGAAACGGGAAAACGUCCGGAGCUCGUGAACGAGGAGAUUUCAUUCGCACAUCGGCUCGCGACUGCACAGGAAGGGCUAUACUACGCGGGAUAUAUGCAUUAACACUAAAUCGGAGGAAAACUAUGGCCGAUAAUGUGCUGGACCCUGGUCCGCCUUCAGCUAAGAGGCCUAAAUUGUCUUCCCCGGCUCUGUCGGUCUCCGCGAGCGAUGGAAACGAUUUCGGCUCUCUGUUUGACCUGGAGCAUGACCUCCCAGAUGAGCUCAUUAACUCCUCCGACCUGGGCCUUCCUAACGGGAUGGACCCCGGCCAGUUGCACACCAGUCUGGGUGGCGGAGGGAUGUCGGGGCCUCUGGGCGGCUCGGGCCAGGACACUGCGGCCAAACACAAGCACCUGUCUGAGCUCCUCCGCCCUGGCGCCCCUCCAUCCACCUCCACGGCCACUGGCAACCCGGGUAACGCGUCCUCCCUGGGGAUGAUGGGAAGUCUGGGUGGUGCCCAGGGACUCGGUGGCCCUCAACAGCAGCAGCCUGGCAUGAUGCCGCAGCCUGGCAUGGUGGCGGGAUUGAAUCGGGGCAUGAUGGGCACCCAGAAAGGGAACGGUCAGCCGCAGAGCAUGAUGGGAGGGCAGAUGAUGAAUGGUGCACCCAGAAUGAGCUACGUCAAUGUGAACAUGAAUGCGGGCAUGGCUGGUAACGGGAACAUGCUGCCCGAUUCUCUGCAGCAGCAGAGCGCAGGACAGCAGAUGGCACAGGCAGUGAUGAGACCGCAGCAACCAGGAACAGUGAACAAGAUGGGAAUGAUGGCUGCUCCGGGCCCCUACGGCGGUUCGUAUGGUCAGUGUGGAGGACAGUCCCUUGGGCCUCAGCUCCAAAACAAAGCGGGUCAACCCAACAGCAUUAACCAGUUCAAUUUGGACAAGAAACCUCAGCAUGGGCAGAAUAUGAGCAGCAUGCAGAGCUCAGGUGUGGUUGGUGGCGUCUCGGGCCCGGGUGGGGCGGUAGCGCCCCCUGCAGCGGACCCUGAGAAGCGUAAACUCAUUCAGCAGCAGUUGGUGCUGUUACUACAUGCUCACAAGUGCCAUCGCAGAGAGCAGGCCAACGGAGAGGUCCGCCAGUGCAACCUGCCCCACUGCAGAACCAUGAAGAACGUCCUUAAUCACAUGACCCACUGUCAGGCCGGCAAAUCCUGCCAGGUGGCUCACUGCGCGUCCUCUAGGCAGAUUAUCUCUCACUGGAAGAACUGCACGCGGCACGACUGUCCCGUCUGCCUGCCGCUAAAGAGCGCUGGGGACAAAAGAAACCAGCAAUCUCUGCUGGUAGGUGCUGGGAUGGCCAUGGGUGGUCCAUUAGGUGGGUCAUUACCUGGCGGCCAGCCUUCAGCCCCAAACUUAAACCCACCCAGUCAGAUUGACCCAAGCUCAAUCGAAAGGGCAUAUGCUGCUCUUGGACUCACUUACCAGGGCAACCAGGCAUCCAAUCAGAAUCAGCAGACCUCUGCAACUGCUCAACCCGGCAUGAGGACGCUCAACAACAUAGGUGGGAACUCAAUGGGAGUGAACGGUGGAGCCGGGGCUCCGAUGACGAACCAGCAUUCGGGAAUGCUGCCUGACGGCAUGUUGCACAGGAACAUGACGGCUCAGAGUCUGAUGAAUGACGCCUCUGGUAUUGGUAACAUGGGUUCUGUAGCGACGGCCACGCCCCCCUCUGCAGGAAUGAGGAAGAACUGGCAUGAAGACAUCACACAGGAUCUCCGGAAUCACCUCGUACACAAACUUGUGCAGGCUAUCUUCCCCACUCCAGACCCUGCAGCACUGAAGGAUCGGCGGAUGGAAAAUCUUGUAGCUUAUGCACGCAAAGUGGAGGGUGACAUGUACGAAUCUGCCAACAGCAGGGCGGAGUAUUACCACUUGUUGGCGGAGAAGAUUUAUAAGAUUCAGAAGGAGCUGGAGGAGAAGAGGAGAACCCGACUGCAGAAGCAGGGUAUGAUGCCAGCUCAGCCUGACAUGCCCAACAGUGCUCUACCUCAAGCACCAGCUGGCAUGAACCAGGCACAGCUGCCUAAUGGUCCCCAUUCAGAUCCGCCCUUAGUUCAAGCCACUGGACCCAAUCCGAUGGCCAACCGCAUGCAGAAUCCUGCUGGUAUGAAUCAGUUUGCCCAGGUGGGGAUGCAGCAGCCAAUGGGUCAAAGGGCAACGCCGCCCCUGCCGAUGGGAACAAACCUCAAUCAGAUGAGUAUGCAGGGAACACCUCGAAUGGCUCAACCCAACGUACCCCAGUUACAAAACCAGUACAUGCAGAACCAGUUUCCAGGCACGGGUGCCGGACUGGGCCAGGGUGUGGGUGGCCUGAACCAACCUGCAGGGCAGGGAGCCAUACCACAGAAUCAGAUGCCCACUCCUCCAUCGCAGGCAGUCAGAAGUCCAGUAGCUCAAACUCAGUCUGCAGUCUCUGGCUCUGGAGCCGCUGUUGGCCCUCAAGGGCCUCCGUCCAACCUCCCCCCACCUGCUCCACAGCCUGGAUUGCAUACGCACUGUCCUCCCUUACGCCAAAACUCCCCUUCUCCCGCACGCAGCCGCACCCCUACCCCUGCCCCUGCCCCGCACCAAACGCCCCCGCAGUUGCCGGGUAACCAGACGCCCCAGCCCCACACCCCCACUUCUUCAGCCACUAUGGCCCCACCUGCAAUGCAGCUGCCCUCGAUGGCACAGGGGGUGGUCUCAGAAAAAGCCAGUCAGCUACAGCAGCAAUCACAUGGGGGCGGAGCCGCUGGAGGCCCCCAAACAGGGCUACCGUCAUCUGUGCCUUCCCAGAACGCCCACGGGCUUAGUGCACACCCACACACUCCUCUGUCUCAGAAGUCGUCUUUAACUGCAGACGGUCAGGCCUCGACUCCUGCAUCGGUCAGCAGUGCUGACCCUAGCUCACAACUGACAUCAUCCGAGCCCACCGCCCCACUUGACCCCAAAACUGAGGUCAAGCAGGAAGAAGAAGAUGAGAAUGAGAUGGAGGAUAAGGCCUCAGGGAAAAUGGCCGCCAUGCAGACAGAGAUUAAGACGGAGAAACCAGAGAAGGAGGAACCUGCAAGUGAUGAAUGCAAGACAGAACCAAUGGAAACAUCGACUGGGUCGACAGCUGAGGACAAGAAGCCGGAGGUCAAAACCGAACCCAAAGAGGAAGAGACUGCGGGAACGAACAGCACUCCCGCAAACACACAAAGCAAGAAGAAAGUCUUUAAGCCCGACGAGCUCCGCCAGGCUUUAAUGCCCACUCUGGAAGCUCUGUACAGACAGGACCCAGAGUCGCUGCCCUUCCGGCAGCCGGUGGACCCCCAGUUACUGGGAAUACCCGACUACUUUGACAUAGUAAAAAACCCGAUGGACUUGUCCACUAUCAAGCGUAAGCUGGACACGGGUCAGUACCAGGAGCCCUGGCAGUACGUGGACGACGUGUGGCUGAUGUUCAAUAACGCCUGGCUGUAUAACAGGAAGACGUCACGGGUGUAUAAAUACUGCUCCAAACUGGCCGAGGUGUUUGAACAGGAAAUAGACCCCGUUAUGCAGGAAAUGGGAUACUGCUGUGGAAGGAAGUUGGAGUUUUCUCCUCAAACUCUAUGCUGCUAUGGCAAACAGCUGUGCACCAUCCCCCGAGACGCUGCGUACUUCAGUUACCAGAACAGGUACCACUUCUGUGAGAAGUGUUUCAACGAAAUCCAGGGGGAGAAUGUAUCCCUGGGGGACGAUCCAACCCAGCCUCAAACGUCCAUCAAUAAAGAUCAGUUUCAAAGGAAAAAGAAUGACACCCUCGACCCCGAACUACUGAUGGAAUGUGGCGACUGUGGUCGCAAAAUGCAUCAGAUAUGCGUUCUGCACAAUGACACAAUUUGGCCAGCAGGGUUUGUUUGUGGAGGCUGUCUGAAAAAAGCCAAUGCAACAAGGAAGGAGAAUAAAUACUGUGCAAAGAGGCUUCCUCAGACAAAGCUUGGUAACUACCUGGAGACACGAGUGAACGACUAUCUGAAGCGUCAUACUCAUCCAGAAUCUGGUGAUGUCACCAUCCGUGUGGUCCACGUCUCUGAUAAAGUAGUGGAGGUCAAACCUGGCAUGAAGUCCAGGUUUGUUGAUAGUGGCGAGAUGUCAGAGUCAUUCCCGUACAGGACAAAAGCUCUGUUUGCAUUUGAGGAUAUUGACGGAACAGAUGUCUGCUUCUUUGGAAUGCACGUGCAAGAAUACGGCUCCGACUGCCCUCAGCCCAAUCAAAGACGUGUGUACAUCUCCUAUCUAGACAGUGUGCACUUUUUCCAACCCCGUCACCUGAGAACUGGAGUCUAUCAUGAGAUCCUCAUUGGAUACUUGGAGUAUGUUAAAAAAAUGGGUUUUGUCACUGGCCACAUCUGGGCUUGCCCACCAAGCGAGGGUGACGACUACAUCUUCCACUGCCACCCAUCGGAUCAGAAGAUUCCAAAACCUAAACGCUUACAAGAGUGGUACAAGAAAAUGCUUGACAAAGCAGUAUCUGAGAGAAUUGUACACGACUACAAGGACAUUUUCAAGCAGGCAACAGAGGAUCGUCUGACCAGUGCGAAAGAGCUCCCAUAUUUUGAAGGUGAUUUUUGGCCUAAUGUGUUGGAGGAAAGUAUUAAAGAGCUGGAACAGGAGGAGGAAGAACGGAAGAGAGAGGAGAACAACACCUCUAGUGAAAGCAUUGAUGCAACCAAUGGAGACAGCAAGAAUGCCAAAAAAAAGAACAGCAAGAAGACUAGCAAAAACAAAGGCAGCUUGAGCCGAUCCAAUAAAAAGAAACCAGGCAUGCCAAAUGUCUCUAAUGAUCUAUCCCAAAAACUCUAUGCCACAAUGGAGAAACACAAAGAGGUUUUCUUUGUUAUUCGUCUCAUUGCUGGCCCUUCUGCCAAUUCCCUUCCACCCAUUUUGGACCCUGACCCCCUGAUGGCCUGUGAUCUGAUGGACGGACGAGACGCCUUCCUGACAAUUGCACGAGACAAGCACCUUGAAUUCAGCUCACUGAGGCGGGGCAAAUGGAGCACCAUGUGUAUGCUAGUAGAACUGCACAAUCAGAGUCAGGACCGCUUUGUCUACACGUGCAAUGAAUGCAAGCACCACGUUGAGACACGCUUCCACUGCACUGUUUGUGAGGAUUAUGAUCUUUGCAUCACUUGCUACAAUACCAAGGGCCAUGAACAUAAGAUGGAGAAACUUGGACUGGGUCUUGAUGAUGAGAGCAACAACCAAGCUGCAGCUUCCACUCAGAACCCUGGUGACUCGCGUCGUCUCAGCAUCCAGCGCUGCAUCCAGUCACUGGUGCAUGCAUGCCAGUGUCGCAAUGCUAAUUGCUCUCUGCCAUCUUGCCAGAAGAUGAAGAGAGUGGUGCAACACACUAAGGGCUGCAAGCGCAAGACCAAUGGUGGCUGUCCCAUCUGUAAGCAACUCAUUGCACUAUGUUGCUAUCAUGCCAAGCACUGCCAGGAAAACAAGUGUCCUGUGCCCUUUUGUCUCAACAUCAAGCACAAGCUUCGUCAGCAGCAGCUGCAACACAGGCUGCAGCAAGCGCAAAUGCUGCGUAGACGUAUGGCCACCAUGCAGCGAGUAGGGCAGCCACCACCAUGUGGAGGUGGACCGCCUGGAGGUCUUCCAUCACCCGGCAACAACGGGGCCACAGGUCCUAGCACACCAACAUCGGUCGGUACACAGCCUGCAACGCCUCAGACACCCACACAGCUGACACCGAAUCUUACGUCUCUGCCCCAGCCUGGUGUAGGUGGAGUACCAGCUGGAGCUCCCCAGCAUCCUCCUCAGCAUCCAAUUCACCACCAGUAUCAGCAGAUGCCAGGUGCAGGCGGGAUGAUGACCUCACCACAGCACCAAAUGGUUCCUCAGCAAACUUUGGGGCAAGUCCCGCAUCCACACAAUCAAUAUGGUCCCCAUUCCACCGGUCCCUCUCCAAAUCCACAGUCCCAGGGUAAACCAGGCCUUGGCCAUGCGACUCCUCCACAACUCCCUAGCAACCCAGGCACAGCACCUAUGUCCCAGCAACAGCAACCUUCAGGUCCUCCGGCUGCAGCUGUGGAGAUAGCCAUGAAGAUUCAGCAAGUGGCAGAUGCACAGCGAAAGAUGGCACAGGUUCAUUUGCUACAGAGACAGGCUGCGCAAGCUGGCAUGAUGCCACAGCACCAACAGCCACAGGGACAAAUGGGAGUAGCCCACCCUGGUAUUGGCAUGGUAGGGCCACAAGGGUUAGCCCCGCAGGCACAAACAUCAGUGAACAGGGUGCAGAUGGAGCAGCAGCAAGGACCUCAGGUAAUGAUGGUGGGAUCUGGGCCCAUGCAGCAGCAGCAGCAGCCUCAACAGGCAGGUGUGCAAGGUCAGAUGCCACCACAAAUGCAUCUACAGCAGCCGAGAAUGAACCCACCACUUCAGCCUCAGCAGCAACAGUGGGCAGGGCAGAGUAUGUCAGCCCAGCAGAGACCUUCCAUGAUGGCUCAGCCGGGAAUGGUUGCAAUGCAGCCCCAACCACAGCAGCAACAACCACAACAAAUGCAACAACAGCAAGCACCCCAAAUACCAAAUCGAAAUGCCUUGAUGAGUAUGGUGCAGGCUGGUCUGCAGAGUGGCGUAGCAAGCGGGGCAGCAGCUGGCAAUCUGCCCCAGGGAGCCCUGCAGGAACUUUUGCGGACCCUGCGAUCUCCAAGCUCUCCCCUACAGCAGCAGCAAGUUCUCAACAUUCUUCGGUCUAGCCCACAACUAAUGGCAGCAUUUAUCAAGCAACGGGUUCACAAGUAUAAAGGAGGUACAGGUGGCCCUGCUGGACCACAGGGUGGACCUGGACCUAUGGGAGGUCAACCAGUGGGUGUCCAGCCUGGGGUGGCCCAGCCUGGCAUGCACCUUGGACAGGGUGUUAACAUGCAGACUCAACUUUCUCAGAUCCAACAGCAGCAGCAAAUGCAACAGCGCCCGCUAUUGCAACAGCAGCAAAUGCAACAGCAGCAAAUGCAACAGCGCCCGCUAUUGCAACAGCAGCAGCAAAUGCAACAGCGCCCGCUAUUGCAACAGCAGCAGCAAAUGCAACAGCGCCCCUUAUUGCAACAGCAGCAGCAAAUCACUGCCUUGCAGCAGCAGCAACAACAACAACAGCAGCAACAACAAGGUAUUCAGGGCCAAGGGGCUCCAAACAUGGCCAACAUAAAUCCACAGUUCAGAGAUCUGGUCAUGAGAAGGCAACAGCAACUACAGUUUCAGCAGCAGCAGCAACAACAACAACAGCAACAACAGCAGCAGCAGCAGCAUCAAAUGAGCAAUCAUGCCACAUUUCAACAGCAGCAAGGGUACAUGGGUCAGCAGGGUAACAUGCAAGUCCCACCAGGAGGCCAACCACUACAAGGGGUGCAACCUGGCCAGCCGCAGAAUUUUCCAGGAAACCCUGCACAACAGCAAGCUGCAGCUGCCUUGCAACAGAGACUUGCACAGCAACACCAGCUACAGAUGCAACAGCAGCAGAAUGCGGCAUCACAGGGUGCCGACAUGGGGCCCGGAGGAGGUCCACAGCCCACACAAGGAGGUCCCGGUCUUCAGACAUCACAGGUAUUAUUGCAACAGGCCUUGCAUCAGCGUCUGCUUCAGGCGCAGCAACAUCAUCUCAGUGGCACCUCACCGGCACAACCGAACAACCCCAUGAGCCCGCAGCAACAGAUGUCUCAGUCGCCCCAUUUGCAGGGCCAACAGCUCUCAUCCUCCCUCAGCAACCAGGUUUGUUCCCCUCAGCCCUCCCCACGACCCCAGUCCCAGCCACCUCACUCAAGUCCGUCCCCGCGCCUGCAACCACAGCCCUCGCCCCACCACAUCUCGCCUCAGACCCAAACGGGUUCACCGCAUCCCAGCCACCUUCAGCAGCAUCACUCAGGCAUGGUUCCACCUCCCCAACAGCCUCAGCACAACUCUAAAGACCCAGGCGGAUUUGCUGCAGAUCAGAAUGCCAUGCUGUCUCAGCUCAGUGGCAUGGCAGGACUCCAUGGACCUGGAGCUAAUGAUAUGCUUUCACCUAGUAGCCAGGACCUUGGCAUUAACAUGAAUCUAACCCUUUAGACAUCAUAUAGUUAUUAUGAAAUUUACAAAACCUCACCAGAGACAGUGUUAGCUUUUUUUAUACUGCAAAGAUACUUGCUUUGAAGAUGGACCCUCCUAUGAGAGAUAGCAAAUAUUCGACACAAAUAAGUAUGGGGUGUUUUUUUCUUUUGCCAGUUGUGUACAAAGAGAGGAUUGUUUCUCAGCCUCAGAGAACAAACCACGAGUAAUAUUUUCAAUGUCACGUCCAGGGGAGUACUUUUCCUUUUUCAAGAGAUAUUUUUUAAGAUUUUAAAAGUGGUAUAAAAUUAAAGUGCAAAUGAAUAAGGACUUUUUUUAUAUAUAUAUAUUUGACCAUGUACCAGUCUCUGUUAUGUUUUACAGUCAUAUGGAACAUUUCAAAUGUUGUGAUGCCUAAAUUGUUAUUAUAAUUAUCUCAACAUCAUGCAUAUCUUCCUUGUAAAUUUUGAGUUUUGCAUUUUAUUUAUUCUAGCUUUUUUCAUUUGUUGUCAUGAUGGAUUUUGUUCAUGUGUGUUCCCAGAGACUGCUACAGUUCACAUAGAAUAUAUUUUUGUUAAUACCUAUUAAGAUGGGGAGCUAUUCCUUUACUUUAGCUGGAGAUUUAGGUUAUUGAGUAUAAUAUAAAUUACAGUGUUGGGGGAUCGGGUUUGGUGUACGCUCUGCUGCCCAAUGGAUCUUAUUUCAUGCCAUAUUGGAAAUUCCAUUGGACAUCACUGCUUUGCAACAGGACAAGUUUUUGGACUAACAACACCCACCCUCAGAAUGUGUGUGCACUCCUUAAAAGACUUACUGGAUAGUGGAGGUGUCUGUACAAGUUGGAUGAAAGUUUGUGUGUGUGUGUGUGUUUGUGUGUGUAUUGGAUGUGGUGCUGGAAUUCAUCUGCUCGCGCCAAUGUCAUAUUGAGCAGCGUUUCACAUAUGAACUGUAUGGUGCGGUGAAACGAUGAAGAUGAGCAACAGAAAUUUCACAAAUUUCAUCCUUCAAUACCACUCCUAAUUUUUCUCCACUUCCAGAAUUUUCUUUGCUCUGAACCUUGGGAGUUUAAUUUGAAUAUUUUGUACUGUACAAAGGAAACACAAACUGUGGACUUCUUACUUUUUUUUAAUAAAAUGAAGAUAAAUUAAA